AUGGACAAGGUGGAAAGCGACACGAGUUCGAACAACUCUAACCAUGUCUCGGAUAGCAAGGCAUUUCCAGUGGCUCUGGUUGAUGAGCCAGUGAUCUUUGACACUGCAGGCAAGACUCGGGAAUCUGCUUUCGACACAGAUUCUUUCGAGCACCACUACAAACCUAUUGAGGAAUAUGAAGGCUACCAUCGCUGGGACCCAUCCUUCCAAUGGGAAGCCAAAGAGGAGAAGAAGCUCGUUCGAAAGAUUGACCUUCGAAUCUGUUCAUGGGUCUGCUUUAUGUUUUUCGCAUUGCAGCUGGAUCGCGGCAACAUCUCACAAGCGCUCUCCGACAAUAUGCUCACUGACAUCGGGAUAAACACAAACGACUACAACACUGGUCAAACGAUUUUCUACCUCUGCUUCUUGUUUGCCGAAUUGCCAAGUCAAAUGUUGGGCAAGAAGAUUGGUCCUGACAACUGGGUCCCCAUCCAAAUGGUUUUAUGGUCGUUGGUAGCUGCUUGCCAGGCUUUCAUCCACGGCCGUUCUGGGUUUUGGGCAUGCAGAGCAUUGCUUGGCCUCAUUGAAGGAGGCUUCAUCCCUGACAACAUUCUCUACCUAUCGUACUGGUACACGACUCACGAGCUUCCUAUUCGACUGUGCUAUUUUUGGUUCUCGUACCAGUUCACCAGUAUUGUGUCAGCUUUCCUCGCCUUCGGCUUCUUGCACAUGCGCGGCAUCAAUGAUAUUGCUGGUUGGCGUUGGCUCUUCGCCCUCGAGGGCUGUCUCACCGGCAUCAUUGGUGUAAUCUCAUGGUUCUACAUCCCUCCCUCACCCACACAGACUGCAUCUAAAUUCCGCGGCAAGGAUGGCUGGUUCAACGAAAGAGAAGAGAAAAUAAUGGUCAACAGAGUUUUGAGAGAUGAUCCUAGCAAAGGAGACAUGCACAACAGACAAGCUCUUUCUCUAGGCAUGUUCUGGAAGUGCCUCAAGGAUUACCACAUGUGGCCCAUUUACCUCCUUGGAUUGACUUGGAUGAUGCCCGCGAACCCCAUGACGUCUUAUCUCACUCUCAACCUCAAGAGUGCUGGCUUCACCACCUUCCAGGUCAACCUCUUAUGUAUCCCUGCUUAUUGCUUUUUCAUCAUCAACUUGCUAUGGCUGUCAUAUCUCUCGGAGAAGGUCAACGACCGCUUCCUUAUCGGCACGAUCUCUCAGAUUUUCGUCCUGCCUUGCCUCAUUGCACUUGAAGUGCUACCGACGGGAAGAAGCCACUGGGCUACUUGGAUUUUGAGUUGCUUGGUCUACGCACAACCUUACAUCCAUCCCGUAAUCGUCGCUGUGACGUCCAGAAACGGUGGCAGUGUUCGUACUCGAGCAGUGGCUACUGCUUUGUACAACAUGUUUGUGCAAGCUUCGUCAAUCAUCUCUUCCAACAUCUACCGCGAGCAGGAUAAACCAUACUACUUCUUCGGCAACAAGGUACUUAUCGGCAUCGUCUGCUGGAACAUCUGUAUGUUUAUCGGAUGCAAAGUCUUUUAUGUCACUGUCAACAAACGCCGUGAUCAGAAAUGGAAUGCCAUGUCCAAAGAGCAGAAAGAGCACUACCUUGCCACCACGACUGAUGAGGGAAACAAGCGUUUGGAUUUUAGAUUUACUCAUUAGAGUUGUGAUGGAUAUCUUGGU